AUGAGCAGUCAACUCGCUAAUAAUAACGAUAAUCAAGCACAAAAGACUGGCUCAGAUAUGGAAGGAGAGUCCGCGAGCCAUAAUGAGGCCUCCAAUAACGAUCAACAUGACGCUGCAACUCCAGCAAGUGAUUCGAAAGCAUCCAGAUGGAUGGCAAGAUCCAAGAUGCGUAGUCACUUCAAAAUCUCCAAGGUAGAUGGAAUGAAGAUAGCAACGUGCAUAUAUUGUGGCAGGGCCUUUCAGGAAAGCAAAUCCACAGGUAAUCUUUCCAAGCAUAUAAAGAACCUACAUGCAACCGAGUUCAGAGCUCAGAAGGCCCAGGAACCAAGAGAACGUAUUUCAGAUACUAUUGGUCUGCGAUCACUGCCAAUACCACUUCCCGAUACUUUGGUUUUUGAAAUAGAACAGAAUCCUGGAGCUUUUAUGAUGGUAGCACUUAUCACAGAAAAGCUUCUACCAUUCUGUAUUGUUGAGUCUACUACAUUCAGAUGGAUGGGGAAUCUAAUGCCCGAAAUGUCUUUCAUUCAAUCGCGAACCACUGUAAGUGACAAAGUAGAGACCUAUACAAAGGGGAUGGAUGAAGGGCUAAUUUCGGCCAUGCAGAAAACAGACUUCAUAAAUUUGGAGCUGAACAUAUGGACUGGUUUCAGCGGACGGUCCUAUUUGGGCAUAUCUGCCUCUUUCGCUCCAAGUCUGUUGGACAACGAGCGAUUGAAUUCUGUGGGACCCAUGGUACUUCACAACAGACUCAAUGGACCGUGUAACAGCCAUCUGUUAGACCUCGUGGACAUAACUGAAACCCCCCAAACUGGUGAGUUUCUAUUUGAGACCCUCAGCUCAACUAUAAAGAGAUUCAAAAUUGAAGGGAAGAUUGGAUCCAUAACUUCUGACACUGUCGCUAAUAGCAUUUUUAAAAAUUUGACCUCGGUUUGCAAUCUCAUAAAGCCUUUGAGAUCAAAGCAGCUCAUACAGGUUGAAGUGUUUCACCAUAUUCAAUGUGCUAGUCAUAUUUUGAACGGCUUAUUCGAAAUAAUACUGAAAACGAUGAGUGAAGACGAUAUGUUCCAAAAAGGACUACAGAACAUCACAGAGCUGGCAAGAAUUGUUAAAAGGUCAUCUCUUGCCAAGGACUCUCUAGCUAUCGCAAAGCUACCUCAGAUUCCAUCAGCUCAUGAUAACGCAUGGUUCCCGGUGUGGAAUCAAAUUGCGAAGUAUUUGGAGCAUUACGAUAAAUAUUUAGAAUGGUUUGAAGACUUCCGGAAGUCAUCAGAUCAUCAAAAGGCUGCCUCAAAGAUGGCGCCACAUGUGCAACUUUCUCCGGAUACGAGAAACAUUCUGGAGUAUUUCGUACAUUGCUGCUCCAUAUUCAAGUAUCUCAAUGAUAGCUUGCUGAAUGAGUCCUUCAACCAGCUUCCUAAUGCAAUCUCAUUCUAUUACACGAUGAAAGAAUUCUUCGAUCUUUGCGCCAAUGCUGACGUUCAAGGUAUCAAACCUCCGUCGGAGGGCUGUUUCGAUUUCACGUUUAUUAACGGAAAGGAAAGCUUGUCUCGAAAGGCAAAAAACACUGUUCUUUCUGCCGUUCUUUCUGCAAGGCCCAAGUUCACAGAUUACUUUGAAUCGUUUUGGAACAAUGAGCUAUAUUUUGUGGCAGCGUUUCUAGAUCCUACAUCAAAAGUUGAUUCUUUCAGCCAGCUGCUAGACGGAUCAGAUAGAGAACACCAAUUGCAAAAGGUAGAGACUUAUAUCAAGCAUUACCUUGCCCAAUGCCAACCGAAGAUGAAACAGUCUUCAUUACCAUCCCCUCCUUUACAGAGUCAACCAGCCAAAAGUUACAAGGUAUACAAAAUUCCUCGUCUUGACCGGCGUGAAAAGAAGUUGGUGUCCUCAUCUGUCGCAACAAGUUUAGAAACGAUGGAGGAGUGGGAGAAAUACAAGUCUGAAGGCGAGAUGUCUGCAAAUUCCGUUAAUGAUGUUCUGGAGUGGUGGCAUUCUAGACGCUUUAUCUACCCUAAUCUUUUCCCAUUAGCCGUAUCAUUGGUCUUUACAAGGUUCAACACAUGCGGAAUGGAGCAAGCGUUUUCAAAAGGUGGUGCUCCGAUACGCAAGGAUCGUUUUAAUAUAUGCAGCGCCGAUUUCAGAAAGGUAAUGACACUAAGAAGCCGCUUCUACAGUUUUGGUCUUUUCGAGGACUCCGUUGAGCUUGCGUCGAACUCCGACGCCGAUCGAUCAAUCACGAACACAUCGGACUCGGGCGACCUUUUUUCCGAUGAAUAA